UAGAAAUAACCUAAAGCAAGCCUAUGUCAGUCCAGCCGAAGGGCUCGCAGCGUGGGAACUAAGACAACAGAAGGCAAAGAAAAAACUGUCACAGACUUGGAAGGAAUUGGCCUCCAAAUUGAAUGUUUGGUCACAUUCAUUCAAAAAAAUUGAAGGUUAUCAUGGAACUGGUGUUGUUUCAUACUUUUUGUUUCUUCGCUGGUUGAUGCUUUUAAACCUUGGGAUCUUUCUUCUCGUACUCUUCUUCAUCCUUCUUCCUCAGAUCCUCUUCGAUCCCUUAAACAAUCAAGGAUCAACAGCUGAAAGUGAAAAUCAUACAACAAUUAGUUCUGUUGAUAAACGAUCAGCUUUCAAGCUCUCCUCAUCUAAAGACUCUUCAGCUCGUGCAUUAGAAUAUGCCGUACUUACAGAUAAAAGACUAAAUCUGACUGAUGUUUGCUCAGAAAACUACACUAAGCUGGUUGAAAAUUCCAUGAGUGACAAUCUUAACCUGCUACUUCAAGACUUCUUGCAAGGAACAGGUUGGAUGGAACUAACACUGUUAUUCUCUGGCUACUACAAGCCUUCAAAGCUAAACUUUUUGGACUACUUGGGCAUAUAACAUCCCACUGGCUUACCUGUUGACAACUGUGGCUUAUUUCCUUGCUUCUCUGGUGUUGAUGGUUAAAUACACAACAGAAGGUGUAAAGGAAGCAUUAAUGUCAUCAGAAAACCAGCUACACCAGUACUGUAACAUGGUGUUUGCUGGCUGGGACUUCUGCAUCGAAGAUAAGAAGACGGCAAAGCUGAAGCACAGCAGCAUUACUCGAGAGUUAAAGGGACGCCUUGCUCAAGACCACCGAAAGGCAGAGCUUUCCCUGUGGACACAUAAGAAGAAAGCGAAGGUGUAUAUGAUCAGAACGCUUGUUAGUCUGGCUGUAAUGGGGCUCCUUGUUGGAUGUGGAUACCUGCUCCUGCUAGUGUCCAACCUGUCAUUAGAGAAAUCAAGAGAAAAUAAUGAUGGUUUCAUAGCAGUGGUCAUCCAGUUAUUACCCUCAUUGACCAUCACUGGGUUCAGCCUGAUUGUUCCAAGUGUGCUUGUAAAAAUGACGGUUUAUGAAGAGUACUCAAAAGCCUUUGAGAUUAAGAUAAUCCUUAUGAGAACAGUGUUCCUUAGGCUGGCAUCGAUUGGGAGCUUGAUUUAUUCCUUCUACCACCAGAUCAAUUGUAAUGAUUCUACUGUAGAUUUGUGCAAGCAAGGAAUAAACAAACUGGCCUGUAAGAAACCACUGUGCUGGGAAACAUACAUUGGUCAACAGUUAUAUAAGCUGGUCAUCGUGGAUUUUGUUGUGGCUAUUUUCAAUACAUUUGUCAUAGAAGUGGUUCGGAAGUUGGUCGUUAGCCAAUGUGCUUGCGCUAAGAAGAUUGGGAUGAAGGAGUUUGAUAUCACUUCUAACGUCUUGGAUCUUGUCUAUUCCCAAACACUUUGCUGGUAUUGA